AUGUAUACUAAAUGGCGUAGGACUAGUCAACAAAAAUAUCCAGAUCUUUCUUAACAUUUUAAAAGUUAAGUUAUUACAAGGAGACGUUCUUGUUAUUGUGAUAAUUGUGGUAGGCUAAGCCAAUUUUAAUAAAUUCAUCAAAAUAAUGAAUGGGUUCCAUUAUAAAUUUAGAUUGAUGAAUCUAAAAAAGAAUUAAUAUAGUAGAAAAUUUAGAAUGAUGAAAAAUAACAAAUCAGUAAGAAUUCAAGAACGAUGUCUACAUCUAUGAGUUAAGCUCCUUCAUUUUAUAAAUAUUAAGAUCAAAAACCUAGAAGGAAUAGUUGUAAUUGCUCUGAAUGUGGAUCAAUGUCAUAAUUUCAAAUUGAACAUAAAGAUGUUCCAUAUAAUAAAAAGAAAAAAUCCCAAAAGAUUUUUGUUAUUAAAAGAAAAAAUCUUAUACAUAGCAGAACAAUUCAACUUGAAUAAAUGCAAAGUAGAAGUAGGAUUGAUCCUAAAUAAUUGAUUUAAUAAAAAAAAUAAAUGAUGAGUUUAAGACAUAUCGAUAUUUAACAUAGAAGACUUAAAACUGAAUGCAUGAGUUUGAGUUAGAUUGUUCUUCCUGCAAUUAAAGACUUCUCAUGCAGAUAGAUUAAAAAGUAAUUGUGA